UCCCCCACCCUCUCUAUAGUAAUUCAAUUGACUUCUCUUUCCAAUAGUACUAUACUAGUAUCUUCAUUUUUAGAUGAUGCUACAAGGUGGUGGUGGUGGAGGUGUUGUUCCGCCAAAUAUAAGUAGUAGCUCCGGUGACGGCGGAGCUACUGGUGGUUCCUCUACUCACCUUCAUGACACCACUACCACUAUCCCCACCGCCACCCCUGGUGGCGGUGCGGCUGAUAUCGGUAGUGGUAGUGGUGGAUAUAGUGAAGACGAAAGAGGAAGAAUUGAAGAUAGCGCCCGAAAUUCGGCUGGUAAUAGAUGGCCUAGACAAGAAACUUUAGCUUUGCUUCAAAUCCGUUCUGAUAUGGAUUCUGCUUUUCGUGAUUCAAGUCUUAAAGGUCCAUUAUGGGAUGAAGUUUCCAGGAAAUUAGCUGAGCUUGGCUAUCAUCGAAGUGCCAAGAAAUGUAAAGAGAAAUUCGAGAACGUUUAUAAAUACCAUAAAAGAACUAAAGAAGGUAGAACUUCAAAGGCUGACGGAAAAACCUACAGAUUUUUUGAUCAAUUACAAGCUUUAGAAGGAACUCCGGCCACCGUCGGCGGCCACCAUCCGCCACCGCCGGUUGUUUCUCAGUUACCGCCACCUCAGCUAAAUUCAUCAAUGUCGAAUACUCAGAUUCCAUCAGCGGUUACACCUAUUAGUGUAGCCGUGUCUCAUCAGAAUAACGUGGAUCCGAUAUCGGUUGCGGCUCCGGCUGUAGCAAUGCCGAGUAUGAAUAUUAAUCAUGUCGGUGGGUUUCAGUUUUCGCAAUUGAAUAUGUCUGGGUCGACGGAUUCGAGCUCGUCGUCGACGUCUUCGGACGACGAGCCAACGGAGAGACGGAAUAACCGGAAGAGGAAAUGGAAGGAGUUUUUUGGGAAGUUGAUGAAAGAGGUAAUUGAUAAACAAGAAGAAAUGCAAUCGAAGUUUCUCGAGACGUUGGAUAGACGCGAACGAGACCGGAUGGCGAGAGAAGAAGCGUGGCGGAUGCAAGAAAUGGCGAAAAUGAAACGAGAACACGAGCUUUUGUUGCAAGAAAGAUCGAUGGUGGCCGCAAAAGACGCGGCCGUCAUAUCCAUCUUGCAAAAGAUAACUGAACAAAACCCGAAUGCUGCUAUCCCGCAAGUCCCAGCUAUGCAGCUACUUCAACAACAACAUCAACAACAACAAAACCAAAAUCGUCCGCCGCCACCGCCGUCACCGUCGCCGCCACCACCAACACAACCGGUGACAACAUUGCAACAACAACCACCACAACCCCAACAUCAGACAAAACAUCAACAACAACAACAGCAAGCAACACAAACUUUGGCAGUACCCGUACCAGUACCGGUAUCAGUACCUACUCCACCAGUUAAAAAUCUCGAUAACGGCGGUGGAGGAGGAGCAGGAGGAGGUGAGAACAUACUACAACCAAGCCCAUCAAGAUGGCCAAAAGCUGAAAUAAACGCAUUGAUCAGGCUCCGAACGACUCUCGACACCAAAUAUCAAGAAAGCGGUCCAAAAGGGCCGCUUUGGGAAGAGAUAUCAUUAGCCAUGAGGAAACUCGGAUACAACCGAAAUGCCAAAAGAUGCAAAGAGAAAUGGGAGAAUAUCAACAAGUAUUACAAGAAGGUUAAAGAAAGCAGCAAAAAACGACCCGAGGAUUCCAAAACAUGUCCUUAUUUCCAUCAGCUUGAUGCAAUUUAUCGCGAGAAAGCGAGUACUAGUGGGAGUACUAUUAACCCCGGGUUUAGUUUAAAGCCCGAAACGACCCAAAUGGCCCCGAUAAUGGCCCGACCCGAGCAACAAUGGCCAUUACCGACAGCCGUCCACGAACACCAACAUCAUGAGCAACAACAACAACCGCAGUCAAAAACAAAUGAACAUGGUGAAAACCAUCAGAAUGUCGACCAGAACGAGGACGAUUACGACGAUGACGACGGCGAGGACGAGGAUGAGGACGAGGAAGGUGGUGAUUACGAGAUUGUUCCAAACAAGACAUCAUCAAUGGCUGCAGUUGAAUGAUUGAAAUUUAUAGACAGUGGGAAUAGAAGACACUGAAAAUGUGGGUCAUGAGUUGCAGAAAUUGUCCGAUGGGUACUCGGGUCGGGUUAAGGAAUACGAGUACUUUGAAGAAUCAAACCACAUGGGUGUCGGAUAUGGGGAAAAGAGUUCAGGGGGUGUAACUGUAACAUUGUAAGUUUUUAUAUUUACAGUGGUAUAUUUGUGGUUUUUAUUUAUGAUUUAUUUAUUAUUUGCAAGAAGAAUAAAAUAAUGAGGGAAAACAUAGAUGGAAUAAUUAUCCAAUAAAAAAAAUCCAAAAGGUAAGUUGUAAUUUUUAUAUUUUUGUUCAUGGGGGUGUAAAUGUGAGAAAUAGUUAAUUUUUCAUUCUCUUUUUUGAAA